AUUACCGACGGAAAGAAAUCAAUAAGAAACAGUAGUGUCUAUCGUGGUAGAAAAUCGAAGUAUCGUAGUCUUAAACAAUUUUAAGAAGAAUGCGUUGUCAAAUAUUAAGAGACUUUUCCUGUGCUAUCGCAUAAUAUUCAAUUUGUAAAAAAUAUAUCGUAUGUGUUUAAUUUUAUUUUAAUUUAAGUGUAAUAUUAAAAAUACUACAAAAUGUCUUAUAUGUUAUCACAUCUUCAUAAUGGAUGGCAAGUCGAUCAAGCCAUUUUAUCAGAAGAAGAUCGAGUAGUUGUUAUAAGAUUCGGUCAUGAUUGGGAUCCAACAUGCAUGAAAAUGGAUGAAGUUCUUUAUAACAUCGCAGAAAAAGUGAAAAAUUUUGCUGUAAUUUAUUUAGUGGAUAUCACAGAAGUGCCUGAUUUCAACAAAAUGUAUGAGUUAUAUGAUCCUUGCACUGUUAUGUUUUUCUUUAGAAAUAAACAUAUAAUGAUUGAUCUUGGUACUGGAAAUAAUAAUAAAAUUAAUUGGACACUUGAAGAUAAGCAAGAAAUGAUAGAUAUUAUUGAAACAGUUUAUAGAGGUGCAAGGAAAGGACGUGGUUUGGUUGUUUCACCAAAAGAUUAUUCUACAAAAUAUCGAUAUUAAAUUAUCUAAUAAAUUUUUUUAAUUGAAAAAAUGCAGAAGUAUUAUUUUACAUUAAAAUGUUGAACUAUUUAAAUGUACUAUACAGUACUGUUUGUAUAUAAAUAAUUUGCAUAAUGAUAAAUAUAUAUAUAUAGAU